UCGUGCAGGUUUUUUAUUUUUAUUAUUGUUAUUUUAUCUUUUUUUGGGAGGGGGAACGGGGGGGCGUAUGACAGGAAGAUGGGGAUAUAGCGAGGAGAGGGGGAUAUGGAGAGUAGUAGGAGGAUGUGGACAAGGAGGACGACGAGGAGGAGGAGUCGAGAUGGGGGAGGAGAAGAGAUGGACGGAGGGAAAAGAGGAAGGGCAGGAGGAGGAGGACGAGUGGGAGGAGGAGAAGACAUGGAUGGCGAGGAAGGGGAGGACACGAGGAAGGGAAGGAGACGAGGAGGCAUGGAAGAUGAGGAAGUACGAGGAGGAGGAGGAGACAAGGAGGAUGAGGAAGGGCAGGAGGAAGGGAGGAGAAGACAUGGAGGAUGAGGACGGGGAGGAGGAGCAAGCUCCCCACAAAAGAAAAAAAAAAGAAAAAAAAAAAAAAACAUGACUAUGCUUGUGUUGUGAAGGAUGACAUGCCAACAGUCUCUAUUCCAUCAUGAAUAACGUCAAGGCGAUACAAACCGAAUGGAGGAGGCUGUAGAAAUGCAAGGUUCCCCCAAUGCCUGUGUGGUUGAGCAGGGGAGCCCAGUCAUCUGUCCACUGGAUGUGCGCACUCUCACCAUUCAAGGGCCAAUCGUCUAUUUAAUCGGAUGCAUCUUAAGAAUGUUGACGAGGCAUCGAUGGCACAUAACCCACUCCCUAUUCUAAGGGUCGCACAUCAGAAGAAUCUCUCUCACACGACAAGGAACAAACGUAGCCCUCGUUU